AUGAAUAACUUGCUUGAGUAUGCAAAUAAAGGAUAUUUUGAAUGUAAUGAUCCUAAUAUCAAUUAUGAACUUCUUGAUGAUAAUGAAAGUUAUCUUAAAAAUGUAUCUGAAAUACCGUCAUUACCAAAAACCACUACAACAGAAAGUACAAUUUCAGAUAAUAAUUAUAUUAUUAAAGAAUUUAUUUUUGAUAAAGCUGCAUUAAACCAUGCAAGAAACUUAAUAGAGUCUAUGUGGACUUCAACUACAGAUAAAAGUCAUAUAGUCGAUUAUGAAGUAGGAGAAACUAAUAUUAAUGAAAGCAAUAGUCAAUGUGUAAUUAUUGAUUAUAUAGAUGGACAUCUUCAAUGUUGUCCAAACAGUGUAUAUAGGUCUAUUAAACAACUUAUAAGAAUUUGGAAAUUAAGUUUUGAUGCAAUAGAUAUAGUAAUCAAAUCAGGAAUAGUAGAAGCAUUAACUUCUUUAAAUAUAGCAGUUAAUCAAAAUCAGCAGUUACAAGCUAUUCUUUUAGAGAAAGUUUGGUCAGCCAUCAUUAAAUUUUUGAAUAAAAAACCAGACUUAUUUAAAAAUUCAAUAGAUAAUGAUGAUACAAAUCUAAUUUCUAAAGCAAAGCCACCAACAUACUUUGGAAUUAGAGCGGCACUUCAUAUAAAAAAAGUAAAUUUACAUCAAUUAGAAGAAAAAAGUAGAUUUACUGAUUUUAUAACAAAUCAGCCACAAGAACUAAGAAAAGCUUUAGAGACAGUUGUUUGGCGAUCAAGAUCUGAGGUGAUUUUGCAAAAGAAAGCACUUGAAAUACCUGAUACUUUUCAAGAGUUUCAUGAUGAUUUAGUUUUAAGUGAAUAUAUUGAUGAACCUUUAUUAGUACCAGUUGACCAGGCUACUAAAUCUUAUGAUAAGGCACUUCAAAAAUUAACAAAUCAAUUAAUAGAAGCAUUUAAUCUACCAGAUCCUACUAAACAUUAA